AUGAAAGGGAUGCUGCCGGUAGAGGAGCUCACUGCUGGCCCCAAGGUGGCUGAUAGAGCGUCAGAAGUCACUGCCAUCCUGCUUCUUCUGCUGCUGUUGUUGCUGCUUUUCACCACCUGGAGACAAAGAAAACAGUCACACAUACCAGGUCCUUCCUUCUUAGCAGGACUCGGUCCCAUUCUCUCCUACAGCAGAUUCAUCUGGUCUGGGAUUGGAACAACGUGUAACUACUACAACAACAAAUAUGGCAGCAUUGUGCGAGUGUGGAUAAGCGGAGAGGAGACCCUGAUUUUGAGCAGGUCCACUGAAGUGUACCACGUUUUGAGGAGUGCCCACUACACCUCCAGAUUUGGGAGCAAAAAAGGACUCGAGUGCAUCGGCAUGUACGGAAAUGGUAUCAUUUUCAACAGUGAUGUCCCGCUUUGGAAAAAAGUGAGAACACAUUUUUCUAAAGCUCUGACUGGACCUGGCCUGCAGAGGACCUUAGGAAUCUGUGUGAGCUCCACAGCCAAACACCUGGACAACUUACAGGACAUGACUGACCCCUCUGGACAUGUGGAUGCUCUCAAUCUCCUGAGAGCCAUUGUGUUGGACAUCUCUAACAGGCUGUUCCUAAGAGUGCCGUUAAAUGAGAAAGACUUAUUGACGAAAAUUCACAACUACUUUGAGACCUGGCAGACAGUUCUAAUAAAACCAGAUAUAUUCUUCAAGGUUGGAUGGCUGUACAACAAGCAUAAGAGAGCAGCACAGGAGCUGCAAGAUGUGAUGGAGAGCCUGCUUGAAGUUAAGAAAAAGAUGAUUCAUGAAGCCGAGAAGCUGGACGAAGAGCUCGACUUUGCAACAGAGCUCAUCUUCGCCCAGAACCACGGAGAGCUAUCAGCAGAAAAUGUCAGGCAGUGUGUGCUAGAGAUGGUGAUCGCAGCCCCCGACACACUUUCCAUCAGCCUCUUCUUCAUGCUGAUGCUGCUGAAACAGAACCCGGACAUAGAGCUGCAGCUAGUGGAGGAAAUGAACACCGUCUUGAAUGAAAAAGACGUGGAAAAUAUUGAUUACCAAAGUCUGAAAGUGAUGGAGAGCUUCAUCAAUGAGUCCUUGAGGUUUCAUCCUGUGGUCGAUUUCACAAUGAGGAAAGCUCUGGAGGACAAUGACAUCGCAGGCACAAAAAUCAAGAAAGGCACCAACAUCAUUCUCAACAUUGGCCUCAUGCACAAAACCGAAUUCUUCCCCAAACCUAAUGAGUUCAACCUCACGAACUUUGAAAAAACGGUACCCAGUCGUUACUUCCAGCCCUUUGGCUGCGGGCCUCGUUCCUGUGUGGGCAAACACAUCGCCAUGGUGAUGAUGAAGGCCAUCCUGGUCACUCUCCUGUCUGGGUACACUGUGUGUCCUCGUCAAGGCUGCACGCUCAACAGCAUCAAGAAGACCAACAACCUGUCACAGCAGCCAGUGGAAGACGAGCGCAGCCUGGCCAUGCGCUUCAUCCCACGAACGACAUAA